AUGAUUUCUCAACUCCAAGACCUGCAACACAAUGUGCCCGUGGUGAUCGCAGUGUCAUGCGCUCUCUUGAUCCUGUCCUAUCUGCUCAGAGUUCUCUUCAGCCCCUUGCGAGAUGUCAAAGGUCCUGCGCUCGCGCGGUACACCCGCCUGUGGGAGUUGUACCAGAAUUGGGAAGGUCGAUUGGAACAGGUCACCGUCGCUCUACACAAACGAUACGGCCCUAUCGUCCGGCUAGCACCCAAUCGUUUCAGCAUUGGUGACCCGGCAGCGAUCCGGACCAUCUACGGCCCCGGCUCAAAAUUCUACAAAUCCAACUAUUACAUUCCGUUUGGUGCACCCUCUAUGGAGCACAAGGAUGUCUUCUCUGAGACGAGCAACGCGAAGCAUGCGCUCGAACGGAGGAAGACCUCGAACAUGUACGCCAUGAGCUCCUUGGUGUCCUACGAGCCAUUCGUAGACAAGGUCAAUGGCGAAUUUAUGGCCGCGCUGGCCGGCCAUGCUGAGCACAGGCGCGCAUUCGAUUUGUUCACCUGGAUGCAAUUUUACGCAUUCGACGUGAUCGGCGAGAUAACCCUAGGGAGAUCAUUUGGUCUCAUCGAGGCUGGCUACGAUAAGGAUGGACUUCUGCAUGCGGUUCACGUCGGAUCCAUAAGUUACGGGUCCAUGGUGGGGCUCGUCCCUGAGAUUCAUCCAUGGUAUCUCCGGGUUUUGAAGGUUCUCCCCAUCGAAAACCAUUGGAAUGUCACGCAACGGGUUAUACUGAGGGAGAUUGGUGCCAGAAUGCAGGGCGCCAGUUUCAGCGAUCGCAAAGACUUCCUAGCAAAAUGUGUCGAAUCGAACAAGGCUGGCAAGCUGGACCAGUUCACCAUGAACAAUGUGAUCGGUUCCAAUAUCGGCGCUGGCUCCGACACCACUGGCAUCAGCAUGACUGCAAUCAUCUACUUCCUCAUGAAGCAUCCCGAUUGCUUGCAGAAGCUCCGCGAAGAGGUUGACACUGCCGCUCGGCAAGGAAAUCUUUCUAAUCCCGUCACCUUUCAAGAGGGUCAAAAGCUUUCAUACUUGCAAGCUACCAUCAAAGAGGCGUUGCGGCUGCAUGCAGCCGUCGGCCAGAUUCUCAGCAGAGUGGUUCCCGAAGGAGGCGCCCAACUUGCGGGGAGGCACUUCCCAGAAGGCACCGUGGUGGGAAUAAAUGCAUGGGUGAUCCAUAGCGACGAAAGUAUCUGGGGCAAGGAUGUCCACGAGUUUCGACCGGAGCGUUGGCUGGUUGACAAAGAGCGACUUGCCUUCUUGGACCAGCACUUCCUGGCGUUUGGUGCCGGUGCCAGAACUUGCAUCGGCAAGAACAUCUCGCUGCUUGAAAUGACAAAACUCCUGCCGCAACUCGUGCUCAAGUUUGAUUUUGUCCCCGCUCGUGAUAGUGAGUGGACGACGAGUAGUGGAUGGUUCGUCAAGCAGAAACUCCAAGUAAAAGUCACCAAGAGAGAACAAUGA